AUGCUCAAAAUCCCUUGUAAGUAUCAUCCAAAUUCAUUUGUGGAAAGAAUAUGUGCAAGUUCAUCUUGCAAAAGAGAUCCUACAUUGUGUUGGGAAUGUAUGAUUGAUGAAGCCGAUCAUGCUAGAAAUCAUCGCGAUGUUAUGAUUGAUUUUGACAAUUUCACUACUAGACUGGAUGAGGAGUUCAGAAAUGUGUUGGAGAAGAGAAAGAAAGAUUAGCAAUUGGCAAUUGAAGGACAUUUAAAGUUAUUACAAACUAAACAAGAUUUCAUCGAUAGAUAUGAAUCAUAGAUCAAUAACAGGAAAUGCUGGGUGGAUUACAUUAUAGCAGACACAACCAAUCUCUUAACAUAACUAUUAGAAAAAGUGAAGUCCGAACUAUAUGAACACUACAACGAAAGAUUUCUACAAUAUUAAAAUUCGUUAAACUUUCUGGUUUAAUCUAUUCAACAUAGGUACGGUUUAGUUCCACUUCCUACUAAAGAAGAAAUGCUCCAAACAUUGGAGGAGUUGUCCAAAUAAAAUAAGGAAUGCAACACAUAUGUGACUGACUUGAAGGUUAAAUUACUACCUCCUGAAGACUUAGGCAAAAACUUGGCAUUUAUAGAUACUUUUUAGGAGUUCCAAAUCUAAAAUGAAAUAGUAGAAGAAUUAGAAAAAUAAUGGGCAGACACACCAUAAGCUGAUCCUGAAAAUCCAACAUUUUAAUAGGAAUAAAACUUUGUUGAAAUUAUGAAUUCAAUCAGGCAAUAAUGUGAAGUGCUUAUGGAUGAAUUCAAAGUUUAAAUCAACUUGAAAGACUUAAUACUCUCAAGAAAUACUCAAUAUUAAAAUCCUGAUGAAUCUUUGAACAUCCUAAGUGAUGUCAGGAAUUAAAAUUCUGAUCAAAAAUUAACAAAAACCCAAAGAUAAUACGACAGUCCAAAACUAUUCGAAACUGUUUAACCUAACUCUCCUGUUUAUAAUGCUGGAAUUGAAAAUACUAAUUCGUAGGCCUUAAAAUUUUAAUCCAGUUAAUAAAGUAGAAUUUCAACCUCCUCACGCAUUAAAUUUUAUAGAUCUGUCGAAACAGCUUAAAUGAGAGGUGUUACGAGUUUACUGUAAGUGGAUUAGAGGAAUAUCGCUUCAGGUAGCAGAGAUAAAACAAUAAGAAUCAAUAAUCUAGAAGUUCCUUAACAAAGUUUCACUUUAGAAGGCCAUGUUGAUCAAGUUACAGCUCUCUGUAUGUUCUAAGAAAAAUUAUUGAUUUCAGGAGGAGGAAACCUUGACUCUUCAAUAAUCAUUUGGUCUUUGUCAACUAGAAAGUAGAUAAACAAAUUAACAGGACAUUAAUCUGGAAUUACUUCUCUAAUUGAAUUAUCUGAUAAUCAUAGCAUUUUGAGUGGCAGCUACGACAAUUUGGCUAUUAUUUGGAAUGUCACUUCAGGUAAAUCCCUUUGUGCAUUGAAAAAACACACAGCUAUGGUAUCAUGCUUACAACUUGUCAAAAGAGAUAUUGUUGUAACAGGUUCAUGGGAUAGAACUUUAGCUAUUUGGUAAUUGUACUUUGAAGGAGAAGAGAUAGUUUCUGCUUCUUACUUAAGAGAUAUUAAAACUGAGGGAGCUGUGUUAUGCGUCAAAAAGUAUUCUGAAAGAAGUAUCAUUUUUGGAGGAACUUCAAAUAAGGUUUCAGUGGUGGAUUGGAUGAAUGGAGAGAUCAAACUAAAGUUAAAUACAUCUCAAUUUGGUAUUUGUGAUAUCAUUUGUUCUGAUUAUCUAUUGGGAUUAGGGGCUAGUGAUUCUACCAUUAGAUUGUGGGUGAACAACUAAGAAAUCGAGGUCUAUAGGGAUCAUAAAAUUAUUAUUAAUAAUUAUAACACCAAUCCAAAAAUGAUAUAGGUCAGCAAGAAUCAGAUUGCUGUUAUUAAUAAUAAAGACGAAUAGCCCCAUUUCAAUAUAUUUAGUAUUGAAUGA